AUGCGAGAUGAUGGAGGCAAAGGGAGCGAAUAUAAGCCUGACAGACGACAGAGGAAUGUCAGCUUUGCAUCAUGCCUCGAAAAAAGGUGCACUGGACGUGGUCCAAUUUCUUUGAACUGUGGCUUUGAUGCCAAUCUCGAAGAUGACAGCUGGGCAUCGCGGACACCCCUAUGCUACGCAGCCGGUUUUGGACAUUCGGAGGUUGUCCGCCUUCUUCUCGCACACGAUAAUGGCUCGGUCGUUAAGCUCAACGAAGAUGAUGUGUUCCUAGGGUUCAAAGAAGCACUUUCGAAUGGCCAUUACAACACUGCAGGUGUGUUGAUUGAAAGAAUGGUGCAAUAUGGGGGCACUCAUUCAAGUCUUUCCGAGGCUCUCCGCAACGCGGCUAGGGAAGGCAUAGUAUCAUUGGUGGAGCGGCUACUCGACUACGGCGUCGACGUCAACGCCGUUGACGGAUUCAAGAACAGCGCAUUACACUUUGCGGCUUGGUACAGCCGGGUUGAGGUCGUCAAGCUUCUAAUUCUGCGGAGGGCUAAUCUUGAGAGUCCAGACGACAACGGCUUCACACCUCUCAUGGAUGCAACUCGUAGGAAUGCUCACUCCUCGCUCAAGCUUUUGAUCGAUGCUGGAGCUAACCUGACGGCAUUGAAUGACUCCGGUGAAUCACCUCUCGAUUUGGUUAUCAGCAGCCGAAGCAAAGAAUGCGGAAAACUGCUGCUGGCUAAACUUGCACAAAGUGGUCUGGCAUGGAUCCAUCCAUCCAGCACAAAACUAAAGAACCACCUAAAAUCUUCCCCAGAGUUAUCUGACAAGGAUUUCGCCACGGCUGUCCUGCCUGGAAUGAUGAACAUGGUUCUAGACAGCCAUAAGCAUUCGACAUUCAAGGACUUCAUCUCUUCACUACUGUGGGACGAGUGGGUGUUGGCACUCGAAACUGUUUGGGAUCAAUGGGAUAUCUCGAAAUUGGAGCUUGGUGUAUACGGAACUGCUCUACAUUACGCCGCCGCUCGUCACCAACCUCUUGUUGUCGAGUCGAUUUUGACCCGUGACAAGAAUCUCAUUCAAGUCGAUACCGAAUCCGGUAAAUACGGGACUGCACUUCAGGUUGCUGUCGCCUGUCAGCCGAGGGGAAAUGACACAUCUUUAUUCUUGGACACAGUACACUCGCUGGUACGACAUGACGCUGAUCUAGCUAUUGUGGGGGAUUCCAUGGCGUACGUAUUGCAAGCAGCGGUCUUCAGCCGGCGCGGCCCCCUUGCCACAACCCUGUUGGAGAAGUUGACCCUCGAAGUCAUACACAAAUGCGGUGGACGGCAUGGAACGGUAUUAAACGCCCUUCUGGCAGGCCAUCGAGACGACGAUGACUUUGUGGAGAAAUGGUUUGGUGAUCUCGUUGGGAAAUAUAAGGUUUCGGUGACGAUGCCGGCCAAUGCAAGCAAUCACGGGGCCACAGCCUUUCAUCAAGCUGCGGAAAGGGCAUCGCUGCGGAUCGUAAAAUUGGUAUUUAAACAGGAGGGUGUCGACAUUCGCAAACAAGAUCUCCUGGGCCGCUUGCCCAUUCAUCUUGCAGUCUGGUCCGGAGAGAAUCGAUGGGACAUCAUCCAAGCUAUAGACCCAACGAUGAAGACGCUGUGGAAGCGUGACCAUCUCAAAAGGUCUAUCCUGCAUUUUGUCGCCGCACGAGGUUGUAUUAGCCUCGCCGAAGAGAUUCUCAAGGUUGCGGAGGGUACGCAGCGUGAUGUUCGUCGGCUUUUGGACAACACCGACAAGGAUGGAUGGACGCCAUUACAUUGGGCCUGCAGAAAGGCAUGCAAUGACGACAUGGUGAAGUGGCUGGUCGAGAAAGGAGCCAGUGUGGACAAGGAAACUGAAGAAGGGUGGUUGCCGCAACAUGUUGCCAUCUAUCAUGACAAUGAUUAUCUCGAGAAUGGCCAUCCCCAGUCCGAAAGUAGCUCGUCCGAUAGUAGCGAGGAUGAGCUUAAAACAGCGGAGGACAAUGAGACCGACAGCAACAAGAAAGAGAGAUUGCCAGACAGGCCGGGACAGUAUUUAAGCGCUCUUUGCAACGCUUGUUGGUGUAGCACAUACGGGGAGACCUGGCACUGCACCACGUGUACCAAUGAGUCUUAUUUGGCCGAAUUUGACCUCUGCUUCAAAUGCUAUAAGCAUAAGGACGAUAUCCACCCACAGGAUCACGUCUUUGAGCCCUUGACUCAUGGAUGGUAUCGGUCCUUUAACUCAGAGAGAAACAAUAUGGUAGCUGGCGGGGGUAUGGAAGCAACUGUUGCAGCCGACUCCAUCAUCAAGAAACUCACAAGGAGGACUACCGGUUUGGACUAG